GCACGGUGACGGCCCCCGUGGGCACAGCUGAUGGGGGUUGAACCAGAACUGAAGCUUGGGGCAGGAUCUGCAUUAACCAGAGCCUGGGGAGGUGCUGGCUUGAGGCUGCUCCGGGCUGAGAAACAACCCCUGUGCCGCAGGGGAUCUUCUCUGAAUUAUUUUCUCUGUGCAAACGGGGCUCGGCAGCUGCUCAGCCGUUCAGAGCAGGGCACCCGGAGCUGCUCGGUCUGCCCGAGGCACCCACGAGUGAAGGUCCGGCUUGUUCCUAGAGGUGCCAGCAUGGAUGACCAUGACCCAGCCUCAGGCUGCCUGCAUGAAAAAAAGAAGCUGCCAGCUUUCACCUGGGAAGUGAGGGCCAACAACAGAAGCUACCAUAUGCAGUUCAAGAAGAAAUUUGCCUUCUGCUUGACCAAGAAGAAGUAUGCGGGCAAUGCCAUUAAGACAGCCAAGUACAACAUCCUGACCUUCCUGCCGCUGAACCUUUAUGAGCAGUUCCACCGAAUGGCCAAUGUCUACUUUGUCUUUGUCAUCCUCUUACAGACCAUUCCUGAGAUCUCCACGCUGCCCUGGUACACCCUGCUGUUCCCCCUGAGCUGUCUUCUCACCAUCCGGGCCCUGCGAGACCUGAUCGAUGACAUUGGCCGUCACCAAAGUGACAGAAACAUCAACAGCAGGCCAUGUGAAAUCCUGUCUGGGAAGAGCUUCCGCUGGCAGAAAUGGCGUGACAUCUGUGUUGGGGACAUCGUCCGCCUGCGCAAGGAAAGCUUCGUCCCGGCCGACAUGCUCCUGCUGUGCAGCUCUGAGCCCAGCAGCCUGUGCUAUGUGGAGACCGCUGACAUCGAUGGGGAAACGAACCUGAAGUUCAGGCAGGCCCUUCCAGUCACCCACCGGGAGCUGACGAGCGAGGGCAGCGUGGCUGCCUUUGAUGGGAGAGUGACCUGCGAGGAGCCCAACAGCCGCAUGCACAGCUUUACUGGCACGCUGCAGUGGCGGGGCGAGACGUACUCGGUCGACAGUGAAAGGAUCUUGCUGCGAGGCUGCAAGCUUCGCAACACUGACAUUUGCUACGGCUUAGUUAUCUAUGCAGGAUUUGAUUCCAAAAUUAUGAGGAACUGUGGGAAGAUCAAGCGGAAGAAAACCAAGCUGGACCGCAUGAUGGACCGGCUGGUGAUCAUAAUCUUCCUGGUGCUGUUGGCCAUGUCAUUGUGCCUCGCCAUUGCUUCCGGGUUCUGGGCCAAGACGUUCCAGGAGAAGCACACCUACCUCUCUGCUCUCUACAAACACACUGCUCCUGCCAAGCAGGCCUUCUUCAGCUUCUGGGGCUUCGCAAUCCUCCUGAGCAUCAUCAUACCCAUGUCCAUGUAUAUAACGUUUGAAUUCAUCUAUCUGGUGAACAGCUUCUUUAUCAACUGGGACUUGGAGAUGUAUUAUGCUGUCAAGGACAUUCCAGCAAAGGCCAGAAGCACCAGCCUCAAUGACCAGCUUGGCCAGAUCGAAUACAUCUUCUCAGACAAGACUGGCACCUUGACACAAAAUAUUAUGAGCUUCAAGAAAUGCUGCAUCAAUGGGACUGUCUAUGGUUUGGGCACGGGCCGUGAGAACAAACAGCCAUCGGGGUCGGGGCUGGCCUGGAGCCACCGUGGGGAGAAGACGUCGUACUCCAACGAUGUGGCACUCCUGGAAGCCGCCCGGCAGGACAGCGACCCUCUGCUGAGGGAGUUCCUGCGGCUGCUGGCCCUCUGCCACACCGUCAUGGUUGAGGAGAGGGGCGACCAGCUGGUUUACCAGGCAGCUUCACCGGAUGAAGAAGCGCUGGUGCUGGCAGCCAGGGACUUGGGGUAUGUCUUUCUGUCCCGAACACAAGACACCAUCACCAUCAGUGAGCUGGGGGUGAAGAGGACCUACGAAGUGCUGGCCAUGCUGGACUUCAACAGUGAUCGCAAGAGGAUGUCUGUCCUGGUGCGAGACCCCCAGGGCACAAUCCGGCUCUACACCAAGGGGGCUGACACCGUGAUUCUGGAGCGACUGCGCAGCCGAGGGCCCAGUGAGACCUUCACCGAGAGGGCGCUGGAUGAGCUUCACCUGCAUGUGGGACAGGGGCUAAGAGGGCAUCAAAUCCACCCUCGGGGUUCUGCACGGACUGGUUGCAUCACUGGGAAUGACAGUGGGUGGGGGGACAGCCAGCGCCCAGAGAAGACCCUCAAACCCUGGUGGGUCUCCAGCUCUGCCCAUGGAGACACUGAGUCGUCCCGGUCAAGGCAAGGGAGCCACGAUGUCUCGUCCCUGCAGCGCUUUGCAGAGGAGACCCUGAGGACUUUAUGCCUGGCCAGCAAGGUGGUGAGCGAGGCCGAGUACUGCGAGUGGAGCCGGAGGCACCAGGAGGCCAGCAUCUUGCUGCAGGACCGUGCGUGGCAGAUGGACAGCCUGUACGAGGAGAUGGAGCAGAACCUGGAGCUGCUUGGGGUCACAGCCAUUGAGGACAAGUUGCAAGACGGAGUUCCUGAGACCAUCCAGCUGCUGAAACUGGGCAACAUUAAAGUGUGGGUGCUGACGGGAGACAAACAAGAGACAGCAAUGAACAUCGGCUAUGCGUGCAAGCUGCUCACAGACGACAUGGAGAUCCUGGAGGAGAAGGAAGUAAGCGAGAUCCUCGAGGCUCACUGGGUGAGAAACAGCCGCAGCAGCAGGAAAGCCCCGGGUAGCGGCCGCCUCUCCCAGCAGCACCCAGGGACUUCGUGCCACAAGAAGAGAGCUCUCGUCAUCAGUGGGGACUUCUUGGACAAAAUCCUCCACGCGGGAGAGGUGCUGAUGAAGGAGGAGGGGUGGCUGUGGCAGUGGCUGCCUUGCCGCAGGGCCACGGACUCGCAGGAGCACGGCAGCCUGGUGGAGAAGGCCUUCGUGGACCUGGCCACCAGCUGCCAGGCCGUGAUCUGCUGCAGGGUCACCCCCAAGCAGAAGGCCCUCAUCGUACAGCUGGUGAAGAAGCACAAGAAGGCCACCACGCUGGCCAUCGGGGAUGGCGCCAACGAUGUGAACAUGAUCAAAACUGCUGACAUUGGGGUGGGCAUCAGCGGGCUGGAGGGCAUGCAAGCCGUGCAGUGCAGCGACUACGCCCUGGCGCAGUUCUCCUACCUGCAGCGCCUCCUGCUCGUCCACGGCCGCUGGGCCUAUCUCCGCAUCUGCAAGUUCCUCCGCUACUUCUUCUACAAGACUUUUGCCGGUCUCAUGGCCCAGGUCUGGUUCGCUUUCCACAGCGGAUUCACGGCUCAGCCUCUGUAUGAGGGCUGGUUCCUUGCGCUCUACAACGUCUUCUACACUGCCCACCCUGUGCUUUCUGUGGGCCUUCUGGAGCAGGACGUGAGUGCCAAGAAGAGCCUGGAGUUCCCUGAGCUCUAUGCCAUCGGGCAGCAAGACGAGCUCUUCAACUACCGCAUCUUUGGCGUGACGCUCCUGCACGGUGUCAGCACCUCGCUCGCCAGCUUCUACAUUGCGCUCUGGGCCUUCAACGACUGUGUCGGCAGCAAGGUCGUGGGUGACUAUGAGUCCUUUUCGGUCACGGUAGCCACCUCGGCUUUGCUGUCAGUCCUCGUGGAGAUCAUCCUGGACAUCAAGCACUGGACAGCGUUGUCCUUCCUGAUGGUCACAGCCAGCCUGCUGCUCUUCUGCCUCUUCUCCUACAUGACACAGAGCAUCGAUGCCUUCAGGAUAGCCCCUGCCGUCUUCCGCUUCCCAGACGCCAGCCAGAACGCCCUGACAGAUCCCUACAUCCUGCUCGUGGUCCUGCUGUCCCUGGUGGUGAACACCAUUCCCUCGCUCACUGUCCGCUCAUACCACGCCAUCACAGGCAGACACAGCAUCCAGCAGAAGAUCUGCUCAAAGGCCAGGCGUGAGCUGGAGCCCUCAGUGGAGCUGCGCGCCCAUGUCCACCGUGGCUCCUUCCGCCGCCGCUCCAGCUAUGCCUUCUCCCACCAGGAGGGCUACGCCGGCCUCAUCACCCGCGGGGACAGCCUGCGCACCAAGGGCACCUGUGCCACCGGGGGUCUCCAUCCCCAGGGAACAGCCCCACCUUCACCCUCCUGCCACGGCCCCUCAGCAUAGCCAACCCAGCCACGUCCUGCUGGGGCAGGGGGGCUUCCUCCUCCUGGGGGCAUUUUAAUCCAAAUUGGAUGGGUUUGCUGCAUGGGCAGCCCCUGUGGUCUGCUGCAGGACCCUGGGGCUUGUCCCACCAGCUGCUCCAUCUCCUGCACCAACUCUGUGGCUUCACUGGAGCCUGGAAAGCUGUGAAAACCAUCCGUCAGCUGGCGGAUGUUGCAGGUGUCCUUUCCUUACCCCUCCACAUCUUUGCGAUCUCCGCAUGAGAUGCACACAGCAGUGCCCCAGCCCGCAGCAGUGCUGUGCCCUUUGUGCCAUGUCCCAUCCCUGCCACAUCCUGCUCCCCAGGACCAAUGUCCCCAUCCUGGGGACAGCUGUGGCCCCACACUGCUGCAAAACCUCCAAAGCCCCCGGCAGGGCUGGGGUGGCCAGGGACCAUGCACAGCCCAAGGGAUGCUGCAGAGCAGGCACCUGCGUGCGUGUCCUGCAGAGCCACCGCGCGGGGACAGCAGCGGCCACUGGGGAAGUGUGUGAACAACUGACUGGUGACCAGAUCACCGGUUUUUUAUUCUUAUUUUUUAAUUAAAAGGGCUCUGGCUUUUC